AUGAUUUCCAGACGACAGAAGAUAAUCAAGACUGAGAGAAGCAGAACACAAGAUGCAUGUCAGCUCUCGUCUGUGCAGUCUGACAGCGAACCAAUAGGAGACAGAGAUGCUCCGAUGGAAAUGGAGGCCCCUGUUACAGCUGUGAACUGCUCAGUCACUAACACCCUGCCAGACCCUUCUCUCCUCCAAACCUCCUCCUCAGAUCCUGGUUGGAGUAGAAGAGACUCCAGCCGCCUGCCUCGUUCUGCCAGCAUGCCUUCACUGAGUCAAAUAACCUCUGAAGAGACCAAGACCUUUACACGAGCUGAAAGCGUACCUGACCUGCUGUUAAAAACCAGCUUUGAGGAGUUUACACCUGAUAUCACUGCUGAUGAGACCGAUGAAAGCUACAGGUUCCAGUGCUCCGGGCCAGGCCUGUACCAGUGCAGUGUGACCGGCCUGGUGUUUCACAUGGAGGGAGAAGGGGACGUGGUCUACAGGAUUGUCCCUUGGAACAGGAGGCUGCUGGCCCAGCAUCACAAGAAGCCUGCAGGACCCCUGUUUGACAUCAAAUGUCUGCAGCAGUCGGUGUGUCAGCUUCAUCUCCCACACUGUGAGAUCCCCUCCACGGGGGGGCGGGACUUCUUGUCAGUUGCUCAUGUGAUGGAUGAGGGCGUUGAGUUCCUCAGCCCUCAUAGGACAACAGACACUCAUGUUAUUAUCAACAUCACGGGGUUUUCUGGUUUCGGUAAUGUCAAGGAUGAAGAUUCACCACCUGACCCGGUCCGAGCGCUGGUCUUGCUGUUCUACAGGCCCCCAGCUGAUCCUGAUCCGGAAUCCCUCCUCAAUGUGCUGUUGCUGCCGAGGAACGUUGUUCUCCGGGAUGUCCUGCGCAUCCGGAAGAAGUUAGUUGGAGAUGAGAUCUACAUAGAGACAUCCCCACACUGUAAACUGCACCCACAGCGGGAAUACACUCUGUCCACUCGUCCUGAAGACGACUCAGUUCUAGUCCAACCAACAGAAGCAGAGUUUGACUCUGACAACUAUGACAACUUCUUCCCAUCAUUCCAGGUGAGCUUAGAAACAAUAAUGAAACACAUGAAGCUGUUUUUGAGGGACAGCAGCAGCUCCCUCAGUGUCUGGGAAAGACGAGUUUGUCUCUCGUCCUCUGGAGUAAGAAGGUCCUGUGGGCCGAGCGCUGGGAGUCUCCGUCCUGAUGACAGGCUGUUGGACAUCCGGAGCAGCUUCAUCGAUGGGAUAUCAGGACCUGUUCUCAAGAGUCUGCUGGACCAACUGUUGGAGAAAAAGAUGCUGGCUGAUUCUGAGAGGGAGGCAGCGGACUCAGAGAAAAACACAAGAGACAAAGCUCGUUUUGUUGUGGACACAGUGAGGAAGAAAGGUGAAGCUGCUAGUUCAGAGAUGAUUGAGUUCCUCCGUGAGGCCGACCCGUUUCUCUGUGAACAUCUCGGGUUGAUCUGAAGCUAAAUGAACAGCUGAUGCAUUCAGUCUGAGAGGAUUUUCUGCAAGAGACCAUGAACACAAUCGCCCAGUUUCUUCAUUAAAGUGAUUUUGUAUCUGAUCAAAUGUUAAAAUAUAAGAGCUUUCUGUAGUUAUUGAUCAUUUCAUAACAAUGUUCACAUCUGUAUGUCCCCCCCCCCCCGUAGAUUCCUGGUCAGUGGAUCUUCCAGUGGCAGUAAUGUAGUGAAAGGCCAGAUGGGGGAGUCAGCCUCCAGCUGUAGUUAGUGGCUGUGGACAGCAGGUGGUGCUGUUGUAUCAACAAUGAGCCGAGACUCCAACACACAACAGCUGUUUGUCUCAUUAGCCUCAGACUUAGUACUUUAAUGGAGUAAAGGAUGGGAACACCUGCUCCACCACUGCCUGGGGGGGGGGGGGGAGAGCAUUUCAGUUCAAUGAAGGACUUUAACCCAGGAUUUGGGAUUCUUCAUCAAGACUAGAAAAAUAUUUAAAAAA